AUGGAGAUUCAGGGUCCUCUCCAAGCAGCAGCGCGAGAACCACAGCGGCUCAAAGCCCUGCAUCAUCUGCUUCGCUACCAGCGGCGCAACCUGAGCGUCGGCAUGCCGUGCGAACGCCUGUAUCGCGUAGGCACAUUCACCGCGUCUUGGAUUCUGAUCCCGUCCGAAGUCCAUCUACUUCGCCUCCACCGGAGAAACCUCAUGAAGAGUACAUACACACCAUCUGAGAUACUGCCGUCGAUGACAGUUGCCCAGUUCAAUAUGCGGCUGCCUCUCACGAACUCUCAACUAACUGUUGCUAUCUCUCAUAGAUUCAUGAUCCCAGGGGUGCUCAACGAUGACAGAUACAGAAUGGUCGAAGACGAGUUUCUGCACAUCGCCCAGCGCUUCACAGCGCAUCUCCACCGCGCAGAAUACGAUCGUCUCAAGGCCCUCGCCAAGGCGCAAAACGCGGACACCAUCCGCGAGAUUGAGCGCCCAAUCGUGCCGGAUACGGUGCCGACAGCCAGGACACGGCAAAGGAGUGCGUCGCGCCAGCGGGCUCUGAAGCAGCGCAAGGCGUUGGCAGCGGCUGGCCGCGGCGAGGAAGACCGCAAAGCGAAAGACGAUGGAGCAAAGUCGCUGGUGGCGGCAACAGGUUUACGAGGACUGAUGGAGGCGCCGAGGCAUGAGGGUAGGUCUGUCAUGCCGGCUAUGAGCGCCUCGUUUGCUUCGUCUAGGACGAGAGCGGCUGCGGGAUACUCAAGCAAGGCAUUGCCACGCCAGGACUCUCGAAGCCGAGAGCCGUCGCCAUCGCUGCCACCACUACCGUCGUCAGCAAAGAGGGUCAAACUCGAACAACCCCCGAGUUCACGCUCAGCCUCUGCGCCAAACAGAAGCACGUCACAGCAUCCUCGCGGUUCAAAUUCAAAUGCCCAAGACACGUCUUCACCGGCCACGGUCUCGAAGGAAACGCCUCCAACAGAGCGCAAGAUUCCCGAACAGCGACCAAGAGUCCACAUUCUGGACGAUGACGACGAUGAUCUCUUUGGCUUGCACGAGCGUAGGAUGAGCAGAAAGAAAUCCCGAGAGCAGUUCAACCGACCGAGCGCCAAACGGGACAUCAAGGAUGAAUCGAAGACCGUCGACCUUACCUCCAUCCCUUCAUUCUUAUAG